AUGCCAACCCCCAAGGCGUUGCCGCUGGCCAUUGGCCCGGGCGCCCGUCAGUCAGUCAGCGGCGCGGGUCACGUGGGGGGGGGCGAGGAGGGAGGGGGGCGGGACUCUGCGCUGAGGCCGCCGCUCGCUGCCGCUGCCGCCGCCGCCAUUGACGAGCCUCGCCUGGGCCGCCGCUCCGGGGUUUGGCAAAUUGGGAUGGAGCAAGAGGAGGCGGUCGGCACGCUGGAGGUAACGGCGGCCAGUGAGGUGGCGGUCGGUGCAGUGGAGGUGAGCGCGCCGGAGGUGACGACCAGCGAGGUGGUGGUCGGUGCAGUGGAGGUGGCGGUCGAGGAGGUGUCAGUCGGCACGGUGGAGGUGGCAGAUGGCGAGGUGAUGACGGUGAAGGUGGGGGAGGAAGGGGAGGGGGGAGCCCGCCCUCCCCGAGCCACGGCCCCCCCUCCCCGCCCGCCGGCAGCGGUGGACGGCGGCGGCAGCGACAAGCCCUUUCCUGCCCGGGCUGCGGCCUGGGCUUCCGGCUCCCUCCAACCUGGCGCGCCACCGCUGCCGGCCGAGCGGCGAACGGCCGUACAAGUGCGGCGACUGCGGGCGGGCCUUCAACUACCCGUCGGAGCUGGCCAUCCACAGGCGCAGUCACAACCCGCGAGCGCCCCUUCGUCUGCGCCCAGUGCGGCAAGGGCUUCAUCUACUCCUCCAACCUGCUGACCCACCAGCGCGGCCACACCGGCGAGCGCCCCU